AUGGUCCCCUCGUGGAAGUUCGAGCCCACAAGGGCACCCUCAGCGGAGACUCCAAAGAUAGGUCUAUCCACCCAGAAGACUCACCCCUGUGAGAAAUGUGUCCCUAUUCUGAAAGACAUUUUGUACCUGACUGUUCUACCUGGGUAGAAACUAUACUUGGAUGGAGCAUGUGCAAACCUACACCAGCUUCAGAAGCAUUAUACUGCAGAGAAAAGGGAUGUGGAAAGGGCCUUAUUUGUAAAGACUUGCAUUUACUGUCCCUUCACCUGUAGGAAGGUUGGAAAGGAGUUUCCAGCCACAUUGGGCUUUCUUCAGCACCACAAAAUCACCAAGUGUGGGGAGGCCUUUCAUGGUGGAAAAAGUCAUUACACAUCACAUGAAUCCACUGGGAAAGUCUCCAGCCACAGUCUUGUUUACCACUGAAGAGUAUCCACUAGAAAAAGGGUUUAUGAGUCCAGCAAAUAUGGGAAAGCUUUUUACUGCAAGUAUUCACUUGUUCAGCUCCAGAGAGACCACACUGGAGAAAAGCCUUAUACGUGUGGUGAAUGUGGGAAAUCCUUUAGUCAAUGUUCCAACCUUAUUGAAUACUGCAGAAUCCAUAGUGGAGAAAAGCCUUAUGUGUGUUCCCAGUGUGGAAAAUCCUUUAGCCAAAGAGUUACUCUCAUUAGACAUCAGGGUGUUCACACCAGUAAAAGGCUUUACACGUGUGGAGAAUGUGGGAAAGCCUUUAGAUCCAAAUCCAAACUUGAUCGGCACAACAGAAGUCACACUGGAGAAAGGCCUUAUGAAUGUGCUGAAUGUGGUAAGUCUUUUAGACAAAGCUACAGCCUUGUUGAACACCAGCGAAUUCACAGCAGAGCAAAGCCUUUUGAGUGUGGCCAGUGUGGGAAAUGCUUUAGCAGAAGAGCUAUUUUCACUAAACAUCAGCAAAUUCACGCUGAAGAAAGGCCUUAGAAGUGCAGUGAAUGUGGGAGAUCCUUUAGUCAAAGCACCAGCCUUAUUCAGCACUGCAGCAUUCACACAGGAGCAAGACUUUAUGAGUAUGGUCAUUGUGGAAAAUCAUUUAGGCAAAAACCUAUUCUCAUUCAACAUCAGGUAGUUCACACUGGCGAAAGGCCUUAUGAGUGCAGCAAAUGUGGCAAAUCCUUUAGCCAAUGCUCCAGCCUCAAUCUCCACUGAAAAUUUCACAUCAUGGAAAAGGCCCAUGAAUGCAGGAAAUAUGGGAAAUCGGUCACUACAACAUCUGAUGUUUAGCACCAGAAAGUCCAUACUUGAAGAUAGGCUUAGAUUUGAAGGAAACAUGCCAUCUCCUGUUCACUCUAAUGGCACUAAAUAGUUUGUAUGAGGGAGCCAUGUACUUAAAGUUAAACCUCAUACUUGCAAGCAUCCAGAGGGUGAAAUUCCCCCAUGAGUUUAUAGGCAUGUGUGAGGCUUACAGGAGCUGCACUACACAUUCCAAACUACCCAGGGCUCUUACCAGAGUUAGAUCACUGACAGUUUCUCUAAUAGAAGCCAUCCUACU